AUGUUAGAAAAAAAGUUUGCUGACAUUGACAAGAAAUUUGAGAAUGUUUUAAACAAGAACAAGAGGAAGUUAGAAAAUGCUCAGAUAAAGCCUAUACAUGACAAGUUCUUAUUUGCUCAGAAUGGUAUAACAGGUCUAAUUGCACCACCUGGGUCGGGUAAGACUUUCACUUAUCUUAAAAUGGCUGCACAACAACAAGAACUAGAUGAGAAGAACCCAUUCUAUGAGUUAGUUGUUAUUUGUAGUACUUCUGGUCAAUUUGACCAAACCGUCAAUUCGUUCAAAGAUAUUAUAAAGAAGUCUAAGUUAGUAUGUAUAAAGGAUACUGAGUUGUUAGAUUGGAUAAAGAAGUACCAAAGAAGAGUUUUGAAGUAUAAUGCUAUAAAUGAGUAUAUAAAUUCUAAGUUUAAAGACCCAAAUGAGGAAAUGCAGAGAAUAUUAGAGAAGAAACACUUCAGAAACAAACAGAAAGAGAUAGAAUACAUUUCGAAGAAAUUGCAAUCUUACGAUUGGAAGACUUACCCUCAUAGAUGUCUUCUUAUUUUAGAUGAUUUCGCCUCUCAUCCUUUGUUAAAGAACAGAGAACAAGAUAUGUGUCGAAUUCUUAAGAAGCUCAGAUACUUUAACAUUUCAGUCGUAAUAUGUGUACAGACAGCAAAGAGUUUAAGUAAGGAUGUUAAAAGAAUACUUACUGACAUAAUACUUUUCCCGGAUUGUCCGAAGACGAUUUCAUGGAACUUAUGA